AUCGUACUUGAAUUGGAAGCUCUCUGUGUAGUUUUCUAGUUUCGAAUUACAACAUAAAUUCAGAAAUGCCACAAGAUAUGAAUGUUUUACGUUGUUAUUCUUGCAAAAUGUAUCAAGUACAUAUAGUGAAAAAAGCACGCAAAUGGCAGUGCAAGUUGUGUAAUGCAAAGCAAUCCAUACAGAAGAUAUAUUUCCAAGGAUCUGGCAAAGAUUGUCGUCUUCAUGUUCAACAUUUGAAUUAUUUGAAGACAAAUGAUGUAUCAUUUUCCUUAUAUCAAGAGAACAGCAAUGAUGAUUAUAAUACUAUCAACACUGUUCAAGAAUUAGACAUUGAUAAACCUGUUGAAAGUGAGUGGACAAAAUAUCUAGACUCAAAGGAAGAAUGUCUAUCUAAUGCACAAAAUUCAUCUUCUGAUAGUAUUCAUGAGACUGAAGAUAUGAUAACAAAUGAAAAAUGUAAUGCUGUAAAUAAUAAUUUAUGUGAUUCUGAAGAUAUUGUAAAUGAUUUUGUAAGUGAAAAUAUUGCUGAUAAAAUGGAAAAGACUACAAGUUCUACAAGUUAUAAUUGUAGAAUUGAAGAUAAAUGCAAUUUACAAGAUAGAGAUAAAAACAAAGAUCAUAAUGAUUUUGUUAACAUUUUUGAAACUUAUAGUGAAUUAGAUGAUCCUAUCGAUAUUUAA